AAGGAUGAUAGAUCAAAGUUCUGGGCGAGAUACAAGAGGAUCUCGAAUGAGUAUGAUAAUGACCUCGUCAACCAAGCCCAAAGUGAUAUAACUGUUAUCCUGAAUUUUGCUGGUCUGCUCUCAACCAUCAUCACUACUUUUAUCAUCAGAAUGCAGCCCAACCCGGCAGACACUACCAAUGCCCUUUUGGUGCAGCUCAUAGUAAUC